GAUGCAAAAAUUGAUGACAGCAACCUACGAGAAAUCCGCUUGAAUUCAGACAAGACAACCAACCGUUGCAUGAGUUUGUGAGAGAAAACAGAGAGAGAAAGCAAAGAAGUCAUUUUGGAAAGUUGGGUGUUGAGAGGAUGUAGAGCAGGGGUGGGUGGUAGCUAGGAAGGAUUGGAUGCCAAAAAGAAAAAACCCAAAAAAGAAAAAAACAAGAAGGGAGGGAGAACAGAGAAAAAAAGCUUAUGCGUGUUUCUUGCUUCUUCUUCUUCCUCUUCAUGUCUGAAACUGCUGCCCCCUCUCAGGAAAUCUUGAUCUUCUCUCACCCAUUCAUGGAUGAUAUUGUUAUGCAUGUCCGAUAGAAAAUUAUUCUAUUAUUAUUACAAGGCAAUCAAAGAAGAAGAUUUCUUUUUUGUUUAUAUUAAGGUAAAAGGGGAGAGAAUAGAAGAAUUUCAAUUGCCUUCUUGAUGGGUGGGCCUCAAAAUCAAGAUGUUGCUCUGCCCUCCACAUGCACGGAUCCUCCCAGACCACAGAUAAGGCUUUAUCAAGUUUGGAAGGGUCGCAAUAAGUUUUUGUGUGGUGGGAGAUUGAUCUUUGGUCCUGAUGGGGCAUCAGUGGUUUUAUCUACCUUCCUGAUUGGGGGGCCUGCUCUAGCAUUCUGUAUCAGGAUGCUUGUAUGGAUUCCGAGAACCGAAGUCGUGUAUGGCCAUGUUGUAUUGAUAGUGGGACUUGUCCUCACAGUUCUGGACUUGACUUUUCUCUACUUGACGUCUGCGAGAGACCCCGGAAUAGUUCCUAGGAACUACCGCCCGCCUGAUUCAGACGGCACAGUAAAUGGCUCUACACAUACGGAUUGGGUCAACAGCGGAAUUCCUGACUUGAAGUUACCGAGAACCAAGGAUCUCUUUGUGAAUGGACACACGAUUAGAGUGAAGUUCUGUGAUACUUGUUUGUUAUACCGACCACCACGUGCAUCUCAUUGCUCGAUCUGCAACAACUGUGUCCAGAGGUUCGAUCACCACUGUCCGUGGGUGGGCCAGUGCAUCGGAGUUCGAAACUACCGGACUUUUUUCUUGUUCGUGUCGACAUCAACUAUCUUGUGCUUAUACGUUUUCAUAUUUUCUUUGCUGAACCUGCUUAGAGAACCGGUCCACAUUUGGACAGCCAUGGCAGGGGACGUCGUAUCAGUUAUCCUGAUAGUUUACUGCUUCAUUUCAGUGUGGUUUGUCGGUGGGCUUAGCGUCUUUCAUUCCUAUCUUGUCAGUACGAACCAGACAACAUAUGAAAACUUCCGUUACCGUUAUGAAAAGAAGGAAAAUCCGUAUAAUCAGGGGGUGGUCAAGAACCUCAAGGAAAUAUUUUUCUCCAAGAAGGUGCCGUCUUUGAUCAACUUCCGCGAGUGGGUGACUGAAGAAGAAGGCUCAGUUAUGGAAUCGAUGACUCGAAAGUUUGGCAGGGACGUCAAUGGCAAGAUAGACCUGGAAGUCGGCGUUCUUGGAAAGGACGGCAAACCACUUCCAAGUAUUCUUCAGAAUUUGGACUAUGGUGGAAUUGAAGACAGCUUGAAGAAGGAGAAAGAUGGAAAAGUCGGCCCUGAUCCGUAUUUCUUACCUAACGAUCAAGAAGAAACCUAUGCUACUGAGAAUAGUACUGUCGAUGAUGACGGGUCCGAGGUAAGCUCCAAGAGAACAUCAUCUGCAGUGCUUCGGCAAUAAGGUUGGAGGUUUUCAAGAUUUGACGAUGUAGCUAAUUGUAACGGAUUAUGACACGGAGGAAGGGACGUGAACGAGAACGAGAACGUGAACGUGAUCCGUGCUUCAUGUAUUAGCAGUGAGUGCUUUGUCAAAGAAGAAAAAUUGCUGUGAAUAUUGGGAGAUUGUAUGUGUUUACCUCUUCUACUGAUGUGGCAGGAUUAUUUCUCAAUUCCUCUUAUUUUUUUGGUUUAUGUGGUUCUUUGUUAAUUUUUUUUGGGUAUUAGGACUCAAUUUUAUUUUGUCAAAGCAGGAGAAUCUCAGGAAGGAUUAGUGAUCAGUUGUUCCCUUGAACUAUAAUUAAGAAAAAUGAACUAUUUUUGUUGUUUCUUUUA